UUCUCGCGCGCUCGCUCGAACGGGCGGAGGUACUGGAUACGGGAGUGCGAGGGGGCAGGAUGAGCACGAGUUCCGUCUCCAAGGGCUGCUUUGUGUUUAAACCAGGUUCCAAGAAGAGAAGGAUAUCGUCACCAACAGCUGACUAUUUUAGUCAAGGUAAAAAUGAUUCAGAGGACAGCGGUCUUCGAUUUGCUACUUGUCAGUUGUUAUGGAAGCAGAUCAAUUCUGAAACAGAGAAAAUACAAGAAGAACUGAAUAAACAAUUAUUUGAUAACCUAAUACAUUUUCUGAGACAAUCUCACUCUGAAUUACAAACAAAGAAGACAGAAUGGAUGUGUCGGAUGAAAUCCAGUGAAAUUCCUACGGCAGCUCUUGUCCUAGGUGUAAACGUUACAGAUCAUGACAUGACAUUUAAAAGUCUCUCAGAGGUUCUUCAGGAUAAUGUUACUCCUUAUGUAGUCUCACUGCAAGCCAAAGAAUGCCCAGGCAUAAAACAUCUGCUUCAGAAACUGAUGGGACAGCUAAUGGACUGCAAUGUAGAUGUGGACUCAUCUGAAGAGGAGGAAUGUGUUAACAUUUCCCAGAAAAAGAUACGCUGCUCAAUGGCUUCUCUUUCCAAAUGGUAUGAGAGUGUAACAAAGAAAACAGAUUCUGAAACUCCAAGCAAAAAAAGAACUUCCUCUUCCAGGCACUGGCAGUCUCCUCCAAUUGUGGUUAUCUUCAAGGACAUGGAAAGUUUCACAACGAAAGUACUUCAAGACUUCAUAGUUAUCAGCAGUCAGCACAUACGUGAAUUCCCUCUUGUACUCAUUUUUGGAAUUGCCACGUCUCCAAUGAUCAUCCACAGGUUACUCCCUCACUCUGUUUCUUCUCUGCUGUGUAUAGAGCUUUUCCAGUCUCUUUCCUGCAAGGAGCACCUGGCUACAGUAAUUGACAAGCUACUUCUGACAACUCAGUUUCCCUUUAAACUAAGUGAGAAAGUGUUGCAAGUUCUAAUCAACAUAUUUUUAUACCAUGAUUUCUCUGUCCAGAACUUUAUCAAAGGAUUUCAGCUGUCUAUUGUGGAGCAUUUCUAUUCCCAGCCCCUCAGUGUGUUGUGUUGCCAGCUUCUGGAAGCUAAGAAGAGAGUAAAUUCUUUAUCACACAAUCAGUGUGAAAACAUUCGAAGCCUGCCAUCUUUUAGAAGAUAUGUGGAAAGUCAAGUCUCGGAAAAACAAAUUGCACUUCUGACUGAGGACAGUUUUUUAAAGGAGGUAACACAAACAUUACUGGAAGACUUGCAUAUUUACCAUGAGAAUUAUUUCACAGUUCUGAGAUGUCUUCAUGUUUUCACAACUUCCCUUCCAAAGUACCCUUUGGGCAAACAGAUCAGAGAGCUGCAUUGUGCAUGUUUGGGAAAGAGUGUGUGGGAAACAGAAGAAUAUGAGUCAGCUAUUCAGUUACUAAGGAUGUUGGCUAAAGAUGAGUUGGUGGCCAUACUUCAAAAAUGUGCAGAGAUUUUUAUAUCCUCUUCUGGAAAACAGUUUAGCAACACGGUAGAGAAACUGGAGGAGUUCCUGGCACGAUUUCAAAAUCUGGAAGUAGCAGAAACCAGUGAGGUACAAGAUGUGUCUGUGUCAUCACAAAAGGAACUCCAGAAGACGACAGACCUCUAUCACCUUCAGAAGACUUUGCUGGCCUUGAAAGAAUCAAAAAGAUCUAAGAAACUAACCAAGUUUGAAAUGCUCCGGUUCGAAGUUGUUGACUUUAUAGACAGCCUGGUAAGAAGUUACCUUGCUCCUGCAGAGAUGCAGACCCUGAACGAGGUGGUGUAUUUCAACACAGCUAACACCCUCCGUGAGCACUUGAAUGCUGCCCCACGGAUUGCUCUUCACACAGCUCUGAACAACCCCUAUUGCUACCUGAAAAAUCAAACUCUGAAAAGUGACGUCGGAUGCAUUUCUAAUACUGCUCCUGACAUAUGCAUCGUGUAUAAACUUCAUUUGGAGUGUGGCAGAUUAAUAAAUCUUGUUGACUGGUUAGAGGCCUUUUCAACUGUGGUAACAGCGGUUGAAGGAACAGACCCAGAUGCAGUGGCCACAGACCAGGUGGAUGAAAUUAUCCACGCUCGUUUUAUUAGAGCUGUUUCAGAAUUGGAACUUUUAGGGUUCAUAAAGCCUAGCAAACAGAAAACAGAUCAUGUGGCAAGACUGACAUGGGGAGGCUGUUAAAUGAUAUAACAAGACCAACCAACAUCUGCAUGCUGCCUGUGAAAGUUCAUUAUGGCAUGUGGGGGACAGUGCAGCCCCUAGGACAAAUUAAUCCCUUAUGUAACUCUACUGAUGUUAAAGGAGUUAAAACUAAGGAUGAAUUUGACUUAUGUACUAUAUUUUAAUUGCCAACAAAAUACUACCUCUUUUCUAUACGUUUGUAUGGACAAGGAGUCAGCUUUAGUACAUGAUUUAAUAUUCACUCAAACCUGCAAGUUCUGAACCCUGUUCUAUACCAGUUUUCAUCUUCUGGAAUGUAUGAUGUGGUUUAGGCUAGGAGGCCAGAAUGAGAUUAAAAGAAAAUUCAACACAAUGUGUAACCUUGAAUGCUGAAUGUUAUUUGCUCACAAUUUGGAUUUAAAUGGUCACGUUAUGAAAUGUUCUCCAGAUACUGCAUAUUUUCAAAAAAAAUUUCUGAGAAUUUAAACUGUGACCUCCCUUGUGGUGUGCAGUACCAGCCACUCCAAGCAGAACUAUGUGAUGAUACCUUGGGAAGACUCAUCUACAAACAGAAGAAAACCAGGUUUCUGUACUAGAAAAUGAAGAAAGUGUUCCUGAACGGACAAAAACAAUUGUUCCUAUCCAAUUUGAUAACAUAGCUGGACAGUAAAUAAGAUUAUUUCAAAAAUACUCCUUUAGUUAGAUUUCAUUAUCCAGAUAGGAGAAAUUAGAAUAUUGCACAGUUGAGUGCUGAAGGAAGGUAAUAAAAUACCCCUUUAAAGUACGAGGUCAUUAUCUCUCCCCUGAAGAUUUUUGUUCAUUGUCAUGGGACAAGAAACAAACAGCUGUGUGGGAAUGUAAUGUUGACUUGAUUUUAUAACUGACAGCUAUUCAGCCACUGCUAUCAUGUGAUGGGUGGAAUAUUCCAAACCACUUGUGCCCUAUGCAAGGAAUGAAACAAGUUUAAUCAUGGGGCUGUCCUAUCCUAGUGAAGUGUAGACAUUAAGACAGAACCACACCAGAUCACAAACCUACUGAUUCUGAAUUGUUUGUAAAGUGCCAUCAGUCUGGAAGUACUAUGUGGGAGCCUAAAAUAAGGGUACACUGUUUCUCAGCAUUAAAAAUCUGCAAUACAGGAUUGUCCUGAUACUGUAAUCUAUUGUGACUUUUCACCCCAGGAAGAUAAAUAGUUGAAGUAAAUG